AACAUUUUUAUUCAAUAAUAAAAACGGCAAAAAAUAUUAAGGAUCACAAAACGAACACACCAUGACACCUAAACUGGGCGACGCUCCCCUAACGAACGCACCAUGACACCUAAACUGGGCGACGCUCCCCUAACGAACGCACCAUGGCGAGCUGUCAUUUGUUUUCAAUCGCGCGCGUGUUCGAUCAUGUUUGUGUCGAUCGUGUUUGGCCGCUGUUUAAUCGAAAAAGUGUUAGUGAAAUCGCGUGUGUUCGUGAAAAAGGCAACAUCCGGCGUUUGUCCAACACGGUCUUGGACAAAUUUGCCGGGUGACCGAACCGGAACGGCUCUGGGAUGGCGGAACUUUUUCAUAUUUGGGGACUUCUUCUACCAGACCCGGCGCCUGCUGCGGACACUUCCGGCCGGAUUUGUUCAGGAUGGUCGUUUCGUCUGGAGGCGAAAAUCGUUAGGGGCCUAUUCCAAUGAGGAUUGUUCUUCAUAAAUACGCGAGAGUUCAUCCCAAGUACGAAGCAGUAGUUCCGGCACCGGCUACAAACAUUUCGAACAACGUCAGAAAGUUCGGAUUGAAGCAGAAUAUUAAAAGAAAACGACGCGGAAAAAAAGUACUAUUUUUUUUAAAUCUACGAAAAAAACUAUAAAAAUACAAUAAAACUUACCAUAUUGACCAUUAAUUUUAAUGUAUAAAUAUAUGUUUUACAGUACAAUUUAGUGGAGAAAAAAUAAAAUAAAUAAAAUUAAAAUACAAUAAAACUUACUGUAGUUAUUAUUUAUUUCAAUGUACGAAUAUAGUUUAAACCGUACUAUUUAGUAUGGAAAAAUCCAUGAAGAACUGUGAAUUUACUGUGCAAACCAUUGUAAUGGUUACUGUUUUUAUUAUAAAUGUAUUAUGUUUUCUAUAGUCAGGGUAAUUUUUUGGACGGAAAAGGCAUCAAUGAAAAUACGGUAGAAUGUAUAGUAUUUGGUUUUUUUUUGUAUAGGGAAAAGUCGAAAUUUUUAUGGUGACUGUGCCUAACAAUACCCCUUUUUUAUAAUAAAUUCCCAAAAUAAGAUAUAUUCUAUGGUGAAAAAACAUAACGGCUACUGUAGAAUCAUGGUAAAAAUAACCAUAGAAUUUAUCGUGUGAUAACCAUAACAUCUACUGUAGGUUUAUAGUAAAACUUUA